CUGUGUGAAGACGCCUGACCAAAAGCUGUUUACAUUCAAAUUUCUCUAUUAAUGGACUCUACAUUUAACUCUUUUACUGUGAUAAUAUUGCUGACAUUUGUGAAUAAAUCAAGAUAAUUAUAGUGAAGUAAUACUUAGCAUCAUAUCUAUCUGAGAUAUUUUAUUAAUCGAGACUUCUAUCGAAGUUAAAAUUUGCAACAAAGAAUAAAGAAAUUUUUAAAAGCCGCUCGGUUAAUAAAUUAGGUGCAUAUAUUUACUUCAUCAUUAACUCAACAAGAGUUUCUCGAAAGAAAACAUAAGUCAGCAAUAUUUAAACUCUUACAAUGGAUCAUCAUCAUCAUCCUAUGGAAAUGGAACCAAUAAAACCAAAUUUUGACCUCAGAUGUGAGUCUCCUGAGAGAGAAAACAACAUGUUUGAAGACAUUUCAUUUUACACAUCAAAUCAACCGUCAUCAAGUCCACAGCAUUGUCCAAUCAGUCCAUGCCAUGGGAAUCUUGGUAUGCUUUCAUCUAGUGCUAGUCCUGCAUUCAUGAUUGAUCAUCAUAACAUCGAAAUGCCACUUUCAAUCAGUCAUGACGCAUCAUCAAGAGAGUCCGGAUACAGUGAAAGUGUUCAAGAGAACAGCAAUUUGAACUCGAAUGAGUCAUCAUCAUGUGAUUUUAAAUUCGCUGAACCAACUCGACCAGGAAUUUCAUCUCCGUUGCCAUCUACAUUGAAAACACCAUCAAAAUACUCAAAACUAAACUUUAAUCCCACCAAAGGCUUCACUGUAUUUCGUUCGCUUUCAUUGGAGUCUACUGAUUCAUUAAGUGAAGAUCUCGAUCUGGAACUAUUAGACAUGGAGAGUUUGGAGGACACGACAGUGAUUUCCAACGAUCUGAGUUCGUUGAUGACGAAACAAAUCAAAAACACAUCCAAAACUCCAGAGAACAAAGUGAGAAAGUGUUUAAUCAUGGAUGCUAGCACGAAAACUAGUCCGACAACUUCAGCAAAUGCCUCACUCUUGUCAUUAAUUACAACACCAGAGCGUCAAUGUUUGCAGCAACUCAAUGACAAUGUUACUCCACUUCGAGGAGGUUUCAAACGACAAGAACAACCAACAAUUAGUCCAGUAAGAAGUAAAAGAUUUAAAACUGAGAAUGAAGCAUCAAUUCCUUUAAACGCCAUUCAAUUGACAUUCAACUCAUCACAAAAACGGCCAAUUUAUCGCAAAUCAAUGUCAUUAAACGAUGCUGGAAUUCUCAACGCUUUGACUUUGUCUUCAUCAGAACCAAAUCUUAUUGGUGAUCUCUCGAAGCCAUAUUGUUUGCCACUCAUGGAAGGAAAGCAUGCAGAUCUGAAAUCAAUCUCAUCAGAAACAUUACGUGGAUUAAUGAAAGGCGAAUUUGAUGAUCAUGUGAGAUCAUUUAAGAUCAUUGAUUGUCGAUAUCCUUACGAAUACGAAGGUGGACACAUUAUUGGUGCAAUAAAUCUUUACACACAUGAACAAAUUCUUGAUGAUCUUUUACAUAAGAGAAAUGACGUCACCGAUGUUGCUGAUGACACAAAGCGUGAUAUUUUAGUUUUUCAUUGCGAGUUUUCAUCGGAACGCGGACCAAAAUUAUCGCGUUAUCUUCGUGAACGAGAUCGAAAAAUUAACGAGUCCAACUAUCCCAACUUAAGUUUUCCUGAAAUUUAUCUUCUUCACGGCGGUUACAAAGAGUUUUUCCAAAACCAUUCCGAUCUUUGUGAUCCAAUGACUUAUCGUCGAAUGGACGACUCAAAGUUCAGCGAACAAUACAAACAAUGCCGUGCCAAGUCAAAAAGUUGGACAAGCAAUGACACUCGACAAUUCGGUAAACUCACAAAAUCACGCUCAAGGUUGGUUUUGUAAAAUAUUUUCUAGAUCAAAAACAUUUUUAAAAAAGAGAAAAGACAUUUUUAUAUUUAAUUAAAUUUACCAGACCUUGGGUGUCAAAUGUAACCAGGAAACUUAAAUUGGGCAAAAAAAAUUUUUUCUUUCUAUUUUUUAAUCCUUAUUAAUUAUUAUUAAAAUUUGUACCAAACAAAUUCUGAUUCCGAAGUUUAUAAACUUGUUGAAACAGCAUCCUUACUCUUAUGAUUUUAUUGUGUUUAUUUUUUAAAAUGACUUUAUGAUUUCUCCUUAAAAGAAUGUAAGAAGCCUCUGAAAAAUGAACAGAGGAAUGAAUGAAUGAUAAAUAAAUAAAUAAAGAAAUGUUUGUCAGUGGAA